CGGGUGCCGUCGGAGGUAGGCCCUGAUAGGGCGCUGCGCGUCACGCGGCUGGCAGCUCAUGGUGUCACAAGAUGGCGGCGCCCAUGUGAGCAUGUUUGAGGGAAGAAACUGGUAGGGUGGCUGUGGAGGAAAGCGAGAUCGGUACAGCUGAUGAGCCGCCUCAUUCCUAGGCCUCAGUAUACUGUUCUCUUCUCCCGACUUAAAUAUCUCACCAGAUUUCCUUGUGUAUCCAGAAUGGAGGGACCCAUGACACCCCAGAAAUCUGGGGAAACCAUCAUCGCUGAGGGGAAAGCCAAUAUGAUCUACCCCAGUGCCAACCAGGUGUUCUACAAUCCCGUGCAGGAGUUCAAUAGAGACUUGACAUGUGCUGUGAUCACAGAAUUUGCCCGCUUGCGGCUUGCAGAGAAAGGCAUUGACGUCCUGGUUCCUGGGGAGAGAGAGAAGCAGAAGGUGGUGGUGAAUCUCUCGGACAAUGGAGAUGACCGCGUCCAAACUCAUCCAGAGAAAGACCCCACACUUCCAGAGAGACGUACUGUCACUGUAGGGGAGUCCUGCCCUGAAGGCCUGCGGGUGUUAGAGGGCCUGGCCGCCUCGGGUCUACGUUCCAUCCGCUUUGCCCGCGAGGUUCCCGGGCUGCACAGUAUAAUUGCCAAUGACUUCUCAUCGAGUGCGGUGGAGAUUAUCAAAAGAAACAUAGAGUUCAAUGGGGUGGAUGACUUGGUGACUGCCAGCUAUAGUGAUGCCAGAGUUCUGAUGUACAACAGGAUGGGGAUUAAAGAUCGCUUUGAUGUCAUAGAUUUGGACCCAUACGGAAGCCCCUCCAUGUUUCUGGAUGCAGCCGUGCAGAGUGUGAGCGAUGGAGGUCUGCUUUGCGUCACCUGUACCGACAUGGCCGUGCUCGCAGGAAAUAAUGGGGAAACCUGUUACAGCAAAUACGGAGCCAUGUCCGUGAAGUCCAAAUUCUGCCACGAAAUGGCCCUGCGCAUCCUCUUGCAUAGUUUGGAUCUGCAUUCCAAUUGUUAUCAGCGUUACAUUGUUCCGCUACUCAGCAUCUCCGCUGACUUCUACAUACGCGUGUUUGUGCGAGUCUUCACUGGACAGGCCAAGGUAAAGAUGUCCGCCAGUAAGCAAGCCAUGCUGUACAACUGUGUAGGGUGUGGAACGUACCACCUGCAGCGCAUGGGUAGAGCUGUUGCCCAUGGAAAUAAUAUGAAGUUCUCAGCGGGGACCGGCCCUCCUGUAGGAACGAGCUGUGAAUUCUGUCAGCAGAGGCACCAGGUUGGUGGUCCCAUCUGGGCAGAGCCUCUCCAUGAUACAGAUUUUGUGCAGAGGAUCCUGUCUGCCUCCGAGCGAAAUCCAAAGAGAUUCAAGACGACGGAUAGAAUAGAUGGAAUGUUGAGCAUGGUGACAGAGGAGUUGGAAAUCCCACUAUAUUACACGCUGGACAAUCUGAGUAGCACCAUUCGGUGCAAUACCCCCUCGCUGCUCCAGUUCAGAUCUGCCCUGCUGCAUGCUGGGUAUAAGGUAUCCUUGUCUCAUGCUUGUCAGAAUGCCAUAAAGACAGAUGCUCCCCCCUCCGUCAUCUGGGAUAUAAUGAGAUGCUGGGAAAAACAGAAUCCUGUGAAAAGGGAAAAAUUAUAUGUGACCAGCCCAGCGUAUCGCAUCCUCAGCACAGAACCUGGGAUUCAGGCAAACUUUGACAUUCGGGAAGAUGCAAAUCCUAAAUCAAGGAAAUUGGGCUUAAAGAGGUUCCAGGAAAAUCCGGAAGCGUACUGGGGUCCUAAAGCACGAGCGAAGGCUGGGGGGGGAAUUUCAACUACGCUGGAAGACAGGCGAAAGCAGCACCAAAACAAGAGAAAAAUCACAACUAGUGACGAUGACGGGAGCUUUAAAUGCUUCCCUUGUAAGAAAUUCAGGCAGGGCUCCUGUGAGUUGGGGGAAAGCUGCCGCUACUCUCACUCACUCUCAGACUCUGAAAUGAAGUCACAGGAAGACCCCCAGCCAGACUGCGAGGACCCCACCUCCUGAGAGUGCUGCUCAGUUCUUACAGUUUAUGGGAUUUCGCAUUGAGGCAAAACUGUGGUUUAAACUUAUCAAGUGCCGACGGACCGCGCUAAAGGCUUCACGUGGGGAGGGGCAUUCAGGAUUUUUGCCUCAGGGACUUCGCCCAUGAAAACAAAAUAUACUAUUUUAGUUUAAGUAUUUUUUAUUUUUUUGGGAAAAUACAAUUUAUUAAAUCUGUGGCAAACAGUU